CGGAUUCCUAGAGAGGCCAGUGGGUGGAAUGGGAGGCCAAGGGCUAAUCCGGCCCCUUCCUGCUUUACUCCCUCCCCCCUCCUUCCCCUCGUGCGUGGGAAACUGGAGUCCGGAUUUCCCAGGAGCCAAAGGCGUGAAGUUUGGCAUCUGGAGCAGGGAGAAGGAUGGGGAAAAGGCUGGACACCUAGGCCUUGAACAUUGUCUACUGCUGUGUAGGUUCCUCCUGGCUUAAGGAUCCCAAUGUCCUCCAUUUUUCCUGAGAGAUGCAUACCCAAACAUACACAGAGGGACCCACGGCCAGGAAUUUGUAUAUUUUUUGAGACAUGAGUGCCUGAGGUAAAGCAUUUGGGCUAAGCCUGGAUAAGGCUCACCAUCUUUGAAAAGAGAGAGUGAAAACGCUGAGCACAGGCCGGCUUUUGGCCUUGCACCUCUGGCUGACAGCUGCGUGUAAGGACAGGAAGUUCUUUCAGGAAUGAAAAUGGAGGGGCAGGACUCAAAAGGCCUCAAGCCGUUGACAGGUUUGGAAGGAAAGCUCAAGGGCUCUCAGCUUGGGCCCACAAGGGCAUUUCUUGGCUGGGCACCAUCGCAACAGGUCAAGCAGGAACCAGACGAGGGCCUGUCCCCCUGCUGGGAGACCCAGUUGGAAGAAUUAUCCAAGCCUGGGCAGUCUCCUCAGUCCGGAUGGGGCCACCCUCAGUUGGUGGAGCCCACCCCCUGGGAUGACACCAAGGCCUUCCUGGCCUCUUUCAAGGGUGCUGUGGAGGCCGGCCGGUGGCCUCGUGAAGAAGGGCCCCCCCAGCUCAUCCUGGACACUGAAAGCGGCAACUUUGGGGCAGCAAAGGAAGAGUUCCCAGGAGGGGACGCCCUGGGUAGGGAUGCACUCCGCCAGCGCUUCCGGGAGUUCUGCUACCAGGAGGCCGAGGGACCCCGUGAGGCCUGCGGCCGCCUCUGGUACCUUUGCCACCGGUGGCUGAAACCAGAGAGAUCUUCCAAGGAGCAGAUCUUGGAGCAGGUGAUCCUGGAGCAGUUCCUGACCAUCUUGCCCCUGGAGAUCCAGAGCUGGGUGAGGGGAAACAGCCCGGAUACCUGUGCCCAAGCAGUCGGCCUGGUUGAGGAUUUCCUGCAGAUGAAGCAAGAGGCCGAGAGGCGGGAGCAAAAGCACACGCGAAUGGAGGCCGACCCGGAGAGCUCCCAGCUGGCUGCGGAGCCUUUUCCUCUGGCCGAGUCUAUCCCAAGCCCCCCGGAUGUAAACCUUCCUUCUCCGGAGCCCCGGAGGAGGCGGGACGCUUGGUCCCGCAAGGAGACCAUUGCGUUCAUCGACAUCUGGAAAGCGGAGGAUGUCCAGAUCGCUCUGGGGCAGCAGUACCGCAACAUGAAGCUCUUUGCCUGGAUCGCCGACCGGCUGCGGGAGCGAGGCUUUGAGCGGGACGCCGAGCAGUGCCGCAGCCGGGCAAAAGACCUCAAGCGGGGCUACAAAGAGAUCAAGUGUGGGAACCUUCACUCUGGGCGGGCCCCCAAGACCGCCCCGUAUUUCAAGCUCCUGGAGCAGUUCCUGUGCCUCCGCAAGGGCAUUGUCUGCGGCAAGGUGUGCGGCGCCGGCGUGGUGGAGCGGCUGGACAAGAGGCGGAAGAGGCUGCCCUUAAACCCCAUGGCGGCCACUCGGAUUGCGCGGGAAGCUGCCAGUGCCGCCACCGCAAAGGCCCCCGAAAACGAGCCGGCGGAGCAGCAGUACGUCACCACCUUGCUGCAGGCUGCCCCUUCCAAAGAACUCCAGGGGAUGGCUUGCGAGCAAGGGCAGCAGACCCAGAAGAUGUCCAGGGAUGGUGAUGUGCAAAUCAUGGAAAAAGCGGACCCUCUGCAGGGCAAUAACGGUCCGUUGCCCUCCAAAGAGAUCCCUGCUGAACCUCAGGCUGCAAAUGUUGUGGAGGAGCCCAGGAGGCUGCCUGUGAGCAACACCGAGCGCAUGCGCUAUAGGCGGGAGCGCAACUGGAGGCAGCGCUUGGAGUCUACCCGGCGGCUGGUGGACCCCUUAUCUUUGUCGUCCUCCUCCUCUUCCUCCUCCAAGAUGAAUGCUGACCUUGUGGACACGCUCCGUCAGCUGCACCAGCAGGACUUGCGGGCCUUUGAAAGUGCGAGGCAGGAGGAGCGGGCGGAGGACAAGCAAGAGAGGCAGCAGGAGAAGAAGGAGCGGGAGGAGGACAGGGCCACAACCCAUCGCAUGAUUGCUGCCAUUGAACGCUCCCACCAGACCCUGGCAGAUCUCAUGGGAAGGCAGACCUCCGCCAUGGAGGCCAUUGCGACUGCUUUUUCCACCCCAAGGUAUCCCUCUCCCGGCCCCUUUCCAGGCUGCAACGUGUACCCGGGGUUCAGCCCCCCAUGGUCUGCUCAGCAGUCUGCUCCUAACUCCAGCGAGAGGCAGGGCAACGCCUCUGGGAACAGCGCAACGCAUUUUCCCAUCCCGGAUGACCCCGGGGCGCACAUUCCUGCCACAGCCCAAAAUGUUACUACGAGGCCUGACCUGGCACUGGCCCCCCUCUGUCCCUCUGCUAGUUUCCCCACUGACCUUGAUCCUUUUCCUCCCCUGCCGAAGCAGAGUCCUGAGGAGGUAUCAGCUACCUCGCCGGCAGCCCCCUACUCGCCCCUCGGCACCAGGUCAAGGCAGACCGUAAAGAGAAAAAAUUGUCCACGAAGGGUUAAAGCGACAGAGCGUGUGGUUGCUAGAGCGACCGAGGGAGGGACUUUCCCUCAAUCUGGGGGAAAGAAAAUGGCUUCCAAGGAGAAGGACGAAGUGGCGGCUGCCCCCUUGGGUCCCCGCAAAUCUUUUCAGACGGAGUGGGCAGUUGAAAAUAUGGCGGAGGGAGGCCCUGAAGGACAGGGAGACGUUCCCGAGGAAGUCAGAGUGAGCAAUCAUACUGCCCUGGUGAAAAACGAAGAGUCCGCUGCCUGCGAGGAUGUCUGUGUGAGGGAUGUCACAGCAACAGUGGCGGCAUCUCAGUCGGAGCCAGUCAACCCCCCGCUUCCAGACCCGCCAUGCUGGGAUGACAUCUUUCUGACCUCCAUUGAGAGGGCAAUCAACACUCGCCCGGGAAAGUGGAUGUCCCAGCUCAUCCCAGGCCUGAAGGAAGAAGGGCUGCGAUUGGAAGACCGGGAAGUGGGGGACUACGGGAAGGUAAAGGCGGCUAUCUUGCGAGUCGAUGCCAUCAGCACGGAAGUCCAGAGGCAGCACUUCCGCCUGUUUCAAUACAAGGAGGCCGACGGGCCCCGCGAGGCCUGCAGCCGCCUAUGGUUCCUUUGCCAUCGGUGGCUGAAGCCAGAAAGGCACACCAAGGAGCAGAUCCUGGAGCUGCUGAUCCUGGAGCAAUUCUUGGCUAUCCUCCCACUGGAGAUCCAGAGCUGGGUCAAAGAUGGCUGCCCGGAGACCUGCGCCCAGGCAGUGAUGUUGGCUGAGGAUUUCCUGCUGAGGCAGAGAGAGGCUGAGAGGCCAAAACCGCAGGUGCCAGAAUUGUUUGAGGAGGCCAGCGGGGUGUCGCUGGAGGGAGAGGGAGCUCCAUUGGAUGCUGGCCAGAGGCAGCUGGGCCUGGAGGUCAAGCGGGAGACUCUUGUGGAUGAUGGCGCAUUAGGUGAUCUAUGUCCAAGUGACAACAAUAAGGGGAGUCCCCAGCCGGAGAACUGUGAGCACGAGGAGCUGCAAGGGACAUUUGAGGAGGGCGAUGAAGAGGCCUUUCCCCUCUUUUGUAAACAGGGAAAUCUUCCUGAAAAGCCACCGAGAUCGGAGAAACUGUUGAAGAAGCCGCCGAGGAAGAGGGUACAAAAAUCCAUCCCAUUGGCAGGUGGUUACGAAGAUCUCGGUGGAGCCACGGCAGAGAAAGACACCAGUGAGGGUGAGCCACCCAUAAAGAUCGUAGUCUACGAAGAAAACUUCAGCCAGGGUUCAGAUCAAGCAGGAGAGAAAAUUCACAAAUGUUCGGUGUGUGGCAAAUGCUUCAGUCUUCGGUCGCGCCUUAUCGUUCAUGAGAGGACCCACACGGGAGAGAAGCCGUAUACAUGCUCUGAUUGUGGGAGAAGCUUCAGUGUGAGCUCAAGUCUCAUUGCCCACAGGAGGACCCACACAGGAGAGAAACCCUACAAAUGUUCCCACUGCGCAAAGAGCUUCAGUGUGAAAUCAGGGCUGAUCGCUCAUGAGAGGACCCACACAGGGGAAAAGCCAUACAAAUGCUUGUACUGCAGCAAAAGCUUCCGUCGCAACUCGGGCCUUGUUAGCCACCAGAGAAUCCACACCGGGGACAAGCCGUACCAGUGCUCGGUAUGUGAGAAAAGCUUUAGUGACAUCUCAAACCUCAUCACACAUCACAGAAUCCACACAGGGGAAAAACCAUAUAAAUGCUUGGAGUGUGGGAAAAGCUUCAGCCAGAGCUCGUACCUGAACAGCCACCAGAGAAUUCACACAGGAGAAAAGCCAUACGAAUGUUCCGAAUGCGGGAAAACCUUCAGUGUGAGCUCUCGCCUUAGAAAGCAUCAGCGAAGCCAUACAGGCGAGAGACCAUUUAUAUGUUUGGACUGUGGGAAAACGUUCAGCGAAAGCUCAGAUCUCCUUGCGCAUGAGAGGGCGCACACUGGGGAGAAGCCCUAUCGAUGUUCUUUCUGUGGAAAGAGCUUCUUGCGCAGUUCAGAGGUAGUUAGCCAUGAGAGGAUCCACACAGGUGAAAAACCAUACCAAUGCGGGGAAUGUGGGAAAAGCUUCAGCGUGAGCUCACGCCUGAGCGCACACAGGAGAAUCCACACAGGGGAGAAGCCUUUUCAGUGUGUGGUGUGUGAGAGAAGUUUCAGUUACAAAUCGCACCUCAUUACUCAUCAGAGAAUCCACACUGGCGAGAAACCUUUUCAGUGCUCAGUCUGUGGGAAGAGCUUCCGUGGGAGUUCUAGCCUUGUAGCUCAUGAGAGGACACAUACAGGGGAGAAACCAUACCGAUGUUUGGACUGUGGGAAAAGCUUUACUCAGAGUUCAAACCUUAUUAGUCAUCAGAGAAUCCAUGCAGAAGGAAAUUCCUGAAAAGUUUAUUGGACGAACCUUGGUAGAUUUUUAAUCCUCCUCGCCUCCUCUUUUCUUAAUGAAACUUGGGUCUGUGGUAUUUUAUUAGUGGCAUGUCUUAUCUGGAAGCAGUAUGUUUCAGCAAUUGCACUGGAAUAGCAAUGUAUGUUAUUCUCCCACCACAGAGUAGGGCACCGACAUAUACCCCUUUAAAAGUGAACAGGGGUGUUUCCAGCCCCUCCAAACCAAAGGUGGGUGGCACUCUGUCAUUGCUAAUUGUUUAGUCUGUGAAGAUUGAUUAGUUAAGUGUGUAAAAGGACAGAUGGAUAGAAAGUAAAUCUCUCUUUCCCCAAAAUAUCUGUCCUGGACCAGCUGUAUGCUCCUCCUCCAGACUUGGACUGGGGUGUUCAGAAUGUUAAGAGACGCCUUUGAACUCUACAAAGAGGGACCUGAUCAGUGGAGGCUGCUCCAUUAGGGCAAAUUAUACACUGCCCAACCAACCUCAAUCUGUCCCCACCUAGCCCCCACCUGCCUGCCUUCUUACAGCAAGCCCAGAGGGUGGCACUGCCAGUCAGCAUCGUCCUCCUUAGUCUCAUGUUGCUUUCUUAUAACUCAGCAGGGAGGAGGAGGAUGGGGACAAAAUUAGAAUUCAUUGGCUCUGGCUCCACCUACAGUUGGGCACCUUGCCUUCCGCCCUGCCAGUCCUAAUGGGUACCAGCCACCACUGGACUGUUUUUUUUGAAGCCACAACCAACCACUUUGCCUUGAUUUCUUUGUUAUUUAUAAGAUAAAAGUCCUAGCAUCUGAAUCCCACUUUGAGAAAGGGACCGAUUCUGCUGAAUGGAAAGGAACUUCGGAAGGAAACCACAAGCUAAAUCCUGAUGCUGAGGGCCACCAGAGUCGCCAAGCAGUGAAACAAGGACAGGGGGAUACAGUUUCAUAAUCUUGCAUUUAUGGCCUCAUUUCCACCCUGGAAGAUAGCAUUCUGUUUUUACUCUCCUCCCGCUCCAGAAAAAUACCCAGAGCCUCUGAUGUUAGGGAAGUUAUAUGGCUUAGUUUCCAGAGCGCCUGAGGCUCUGAAUGACAGCAAAGAACAGAAGGAGAUAAGUGUUUAGGUACAUUUUUAAUCUUUGUUUCCCCUUUCUUUUCUCUAACAAAAGAGCUGGUCCAUAUGAUCCAUAGAAUCAAAUGGUUAAGCUUUGCUUGGACUGUACUGCUUUAGGCUGAAGUGAGGAGGGCAUUGCAUGUUGGAAUGUUCCCCAUCAUGAAGAAGAGAAAAUCCUUGCAGGCAGAUACAUAGGAUAUAAGGGAUACAGCUUGGUGGAACACUUCUCCUUGACCUGCUACUUUUCUACAUGCAUGGUUUAUACAUACAAACACGCACAGGAGCAUUCAAAUAGGGGAUUUCCUCCCUUCCUCUUUUCAUCUAAAGGCUGUAAAGGCCAGGAAUGGCUUUAUCAAUUGAUUUUGCUGAUUAUAUACAGAGGUCAAAAGUCUGGGGUAGGCGGGUCCUUUUUUAUUUUUUAAUUGUCAAUAAGGAGACAAUUAGUUUUAAGUUGAGGUACUUUGUUGAGAAAACCUGGAAGAGAAAAGCAGGUGGGGGGUGGGGGGAUUUCAAACGUGGGAGAGGGAAUUCCUACAUGGGUAUUCAAGGUUUGUUUGUUUGUUUUGUCUUUAACUAGAGAAUAAUUGGAAAUUAUCCAUGAUGGGUAGGUGUAACAGAGUUGGUGCACAUGAAAACGGAUUUAAGCGUGGGAAAUUAUUUCUGUUCCUCGCACUCCCACUGAAAUCAUUGGAACGCUAUAUCAGCAUUGAUGCUAAACUCUACUCACUUGACAUUGACGUGAGUCCAACAUGAAGUUGGCCUUCAAGUCCUGUGUAUAAGUUUCACAGCGGACAGUUCCCAUCGCUUCUCAGCUUUUGGAUAAGGGUCACUUUUUUUCCUUGUCAGAAGCAUCAGCUCUUCUGUCUCAAGCUAAUCUUGUUUUUUAAAAAAUGCAAGUGAGGACAAGGAAUUUUUGAACCCGCUCUUAAUGCUGAGUUUAAAAGCAAGAUUGUAAUUUAAAUGCCACAGAUUGCCUCCUCCCUUCAGACACGUCUGGGAAGGGAGAUGGACCCUUUGGCCCUCCAGAUGUUGCUGAACUACAUCUCCCAUCAUCCCUGGCCAUUGGCCAUACUUGCUGGGGCUGAUGGGAGUUGUAGUUCAGCAGCAUCUGGCGGGCCAAAGGUUUCCUACCCCUGCCUUUGGGGUUUAGGACAGUGUUCUCCAACCUUGGGUCCCCAAAUGUUGUUGAACUACAACCUCCAUCAUCCCUAGCCAGCUUAGCCAAUGGUUGGGGGUGGUGGGAGUUGUAGUUUGUAAGUCACUGGUACAGAUUGGAAGGCACUUAUCUGCACUGUAUAUGCUCAAUUCUCAUCAAGGUAUAUCAAGCCAGCUGAUUUGGGCCCCGUGACAACACGCAGCACCCUUCUGCCCUGCGGCAUGACAUGCUGCUUGCAAAAUCACAUAGUCACUAGAAUUUGAAAUCAUGUUAUAGAGUUGAAUAGUCUUUAGUCUUUUUCCAAUCUGAUGCCCUCCAGAUGAUGUUGAGCUACAACCCCCCAUCAGCCUCAGCCAGGUCAGCCAAGAGUCAAGGAUGAUGGGAGUUGUAGUCCAACGUCAGCUGGGAUCCCACAGUUGGAGAACACUUGUCCAGAAGAUGUGCCCCCAGCUUUUCCUGGAUGGAGGGAGGUUUAUCUCAGCCUUUGUCGUCUUCAACGCUACACCAUUCUCAGUCCCAGAAACUCAUUGCCUGCCAUCCUGUUACAGCAGCUGUGGGGAACCCUUUGGCCCUCCGGAUAUUGCAGAACUGCCGUUCCCAUCAGCCCCAGCAAGCAUGGCCAGUGGCCAGCAGUGAUGGGAGGUGUAGUUCAGCAACACCUAGAGGGCCCAAGGUUCCUGUAUUAAAGGGAGGGCAGGGAGAUUUGUUUUGUUUUGUCCAAAGAGAGGUCCCCUCCAGUUGAAGAAAAUAUUUUCUUUUCCACACUGAAAUAAAAGUUUCACCCACUUAAUGGUGCCAUUUUUUUAUUGUUUUCCCCUUACAAUUUAUACUUCUUGUUGAACUUAGAGGAGUAUGUGUGCGUCUUUUGUGUUUAAUUCCCUCAACGUAGUUUCAAAAUAUAACAGCAAUAAUAAAACAAUCAUAGCCUUAGAAAACACACACAAAUGGAAUGGAAGUUGUAGGAUUUUACAAAAUCA